AUGUCCCGCUCAUCAGGAGAUCCGGAGGCCAUCCGGCGGGCUUUAGAACGCGCCCGAGACUGUGAAACUGGCUCGGUGGACGAUCAUACUACCACCAUCCUCGAAGCUGCUAUCGCUGAACUAUGGAGUCGGAUCAGCGCCGCACCCCAAACCUAUGUUCCUAGUCCAGAUGAGUUUGCUCUUCUCAACUAUUUCCUCGAACGCUACCGUGGUUCCGCUGUGGCCCAAGGGGCCGUGAGGCGAUUCUGGGACAAUUAUCACGGCCCGCCCAAUGUCGACGGAAGAAAGAAAUAA